CUAGUUUGAGCGCAUAGACUGGCAUCAAUAAAUACAGCAAUUAAUCUUUGAACAUAAGUUGUUAAAGGCUUUCAAGCCAGCAAUUUGUUGUGAGGCUAUGAGGCAACUUAGCAGCAACUGCUGAAGGAGGAGAAAGGACAGCACCAGGAGUGUGAGCGAAUGGCCAAACACCAGCUUACACUGCCUGUAAAAAAUAGAUAUCAGUUUACAUCGUUAAACUAGCAAAGCCGAAAAAUGCAAAAGGAGAACAAUGUAAUGGUCCGCCAAACUGUCAAUUUUUUUGGUCCAUAUCGCUUGGACACCGGGCAAGGGUCAAACUGGUCUCGUCAAGCUAUGCGUACAUUGUGUGAUUGGAAAAAAGGUAGCCAUUAAAAUAAUCAAUCGUGAGAAACUUAGCGAAUCAGUGCUCAUGAAGGUUGAACGGGAAAUAGCCAUUAUGAAACUAAUCGAUCAUCCGCACGUGCUUGGUCUGAGCGAUGUAUAUGAAGACAAGAAAUAUUUGUAUCUGAUAUUAGGGCAUGUUUCUGGCGGUGAGCUUUUCGAUUAUCUCGUUAAAAAAGGUCGGCUUACGGCAAAGGAGGCGCGCAAGUUUUUUAGGCAAAUCAUAUCCGCGCAUGAUUUCUGUCAUUCACACUCCAUAUGCCAGAGAAUUUGCUGCAAGAUGUAAAAAUAACAUUAAAAUAGCGGACUUUGGUAUGGCCUCACUUCAACCAUGUUAGAAACCUCGUGCGGAUCCCCACACUAUGCCUGUCCAGAAGUCAUACGGGUUUCGAAAAAGCAAAAAUUUUUAAAUUACUGCCAUUGAACCCUUUUUGAUGUUUCUAAGUGUAAAUAAUUUUGGAUCGCGUUAGCAACAUACCGAUUUUAUAACAAAGCGAUUUUAAUACUAAGGUGGCUCUGAAACUUUUUCAAUCAUCAAUUCCAAUAAAAUGAGAAAAUUAUAACCACAUAAUUACUAAAUUUAAAUAAUGAAGAAGAUCUAGAAAGUAAUGAUAUCUUCGCCACGUCGAAGAUUUAAUACCCUUCUAAACAUAUUCCUGUUUCAGAUAUGUGGGAAUAAAAAGACACACAAAUGGCGCAUAAGGCAAAAGCGACCUUACAAGCUAUUUAAUAAAUAACAAGUAAGAGGUUCUAGUCGGGAGCUCCCGACUAGGGGAUACCCUGAACCGUCUUCUUCCAACACAAAAUGCAGAUCGCGCUACGCGCUCGUUUGCUUAAGUAGUUAUAAAGAAAAAUUAAAACACAAAAAAAAAAAUUGUUUCCUUGGCAGGGUUCGAACUUGCAACUAACCGCAACUAUAUUGGUGGGCAGUCUAAAUUGGUUUAUUUAUUUGACUUGUAGCUAUGUGGUAAAAGCGGGGAGGUGAUGGUAGCGAUAAAAUGAAAGAUACUUGAUAUAUACAUAUACACUGUUUGGGCUACAGCUAAACCACAAAUAAAAGAGCGCAUAAAAAAGAGCGAGUAACGAAAAUGCAUCUGUACAUAGAUCAGCCACAUUGAGUAAUGUCUUAUCACUCAAUGGAUCACGCGCUAUCACGGUUGAGUUGAGUUGAAUUUAGUGGCUCUCUCAAGCGCUCCAGCUUUAAGUCCUGUUACUUUAAGUUAUCUUACUUUCGUGUAUUUUGUAUUUCUAAUGAGCUUUGAAUUUGCUAGUUUAGUAACAGCUGUAGUAGGACAAAUACAUGCAUGUACAUACACAUACAGAUAGACAAAUUCUCAAGGCCAUUUAGGCAACAAUCUCCCGUUUGUUUUAAGCGCUAACAUUCCUCAUGCACUCUAAUUCUUGCAAGAAGAGCUCGACAAGUCGAAUCACGCCUUGUCUCGCUUACACACACAUAAACUUAUUGUCAAUUCUCCUUUAGUCUGUAAGCAUA